UGCUUUACCUUACACCGUCAGUAUGUUACAUGGUAUGAGGCAAAGGUAAGUUACGUGGUAUGAGGCAAAGGUAAGUUACAUGGUAUGAGGCAAAGGUAAGUUACAUGGUAUGAGGCAAAGGUAAGUUGCAUGGUAUGAGACAAAGGUAAGUUGCAUGGUAUGAGGCAAAGGUAAGUUGCAUGGUAUGAGGCAAAGGUAAGUUGCAUGGUAUGAGGCAAAGGUAAGUUGCAUGGUAUGAGGCAAAGGUAAGUUGCAUGUUAUGAGGAAAAGUAUGUUACAUGGUAUGAGGAGAACCGUUCUUAGGUAUUUGCAACCUAAGGGACCGCAUAGGGUAAUUUUGUUUAUCCUACUGCUUGCAAGUCAAUAUAUUUCAGAUUUAAAUAUUUCCUCUGGUGGCGUAAUUAUCAAUAUGGUAAGUGGCUACACAAGAGCAAAGAGCAAACAGUGAUGAAUUAUGUUUUCUCAUCAGCUCUAGGGUAGCUCCGUUAACGAAAUCCCCCCUUCCGGUGCCCCUCCCUACCCACGCUCGAUGCCUAGGGCCCCCAAAAUUCCAAGAAAGGCUCUAGUUAAGGCAAAGGUUCUUUACAUGUUACGAGGCAAAAGCACGUUACCUGGUGUGAGGCAAAUGUAAGGAAACACACGAAAAUAAAUUACAAGGCUUCAUUCCUUGAAAAAACAUAUAUUCAAAUAACAUGAUCUGGCGGAAAACAUUAGGGGUGCUUUAGAUCUUAUAGAUGAUUGGUAUGAGUUUUAAUUGUAGCAAGAAUUAAAAUAAAUCCGACAAUUUCAUAAAGUUAAAACAAGAUAAACACAUAAUACCACAUCACACCACUUACAAUAUAUAUAUAUAUAUAUUUUCAUAAAGUUAAAACAAGAUAAACACAUAAUACCACAUCACACCACUUACAAUAUAUAUAUAAUAUAUAUAUAUAUAUAUAUAUAUAUAUAUUGUAAGUGGUGUGAUCUUUAUAAAUAUAAACAAGCUUAGACAAGACGAUAUGUUUUAUGUUAACUGAUGGAUAUGGGCCUUGGUGGUAACAGUACAAUUCAUUAUCCAUAUUGAAAUAUCUGGUUAUGUUUUUAAGACAUUUUCUAAAUCCAAUUUUUGUCUGUCUGUAGGAAUUCUGUGAACAGCAAGGAUCUGUGCUAGCAACGCUCAAUUCAAAAGAACUUUUGGAAAAAAUACGUUUCAAACUUGAAAAUGGUCAUUCAAUACCAGGUGAGCUGGAUGUAGAUUCAUAUAUAAAAAUUGACAAGUUACAGCUAUAAUAAUAAUUUUUGAAAUAACAGCUGAUAAGAUGAUAGGAGUCAUUUGUGGUACCUUCACUUCCGAUGUGUUGCUACACAAUACAAAUGCUUGGCGCAUUGUUUAAAAUCGGAUUAUAUAAACGUUAUUUUAUUAAAAUGAUCCUCUCCAUUUUAUAGUAAAAUUAAUUUAUAGAAUAUUUAGCGUCCAAAAAUUACUGAUCCUAACUUUAACUAGCGUUUUCAUGUAACGGAUCAACGUUCACCAACACGUUCAGAUGUCCAGGCCACAAUGUGCUUAGAGCACCGUUAACGAUCAUUCAGAGUAUGAUGAAGCAUUCCAUGUGAGCGCAAUUGGAGAUGUUUUUAGGUCAUACUGCCUAAAUCAAAUGUUAGUGCACACAAAGAAGUGGCAAAAUGCGCUGCUGACAGGACAGCCGCUUCAUAUGUAAGCUGCCGUUUCACAUGACAGCGACUCAAUUUUGAAAUUGUUAAUGCGGUAGAUUUUUUUAUCCUAUCGGUCAGCGGUAGACCUUUGCCCGUUUUCAGUCACAGCAAUUUGCUUUAGGAGGCCAAUUUGAAUUAGGAAGCGAUGACUAAGAACUUUCCGCUUGUCAAGAUCAUGGAAUGAGCGAUUCAGUGUGUAUUAGGAGUUGUGAAAAUUGGGUUCUGUGAACGAGUGUAAACUGUUUUCAAGUCAUGGACGGGUGCAAGAAUGAGGGGAUAAACGGGGUGACAACGAGCUUGGUUGAGAGAGUGAACUAGGAAUUUUGAGAAGCGGUUUGUGAGAUAAAGCGAGGAACAGCAAGCAGGACACGUCUUUUGUAUAGAUUCGCUGUGAGAUGUCUUGUCUGAGUUGAAUAGUGUUCUACAUAUGAAUUCAUGUCUCAACUUUACUUUGAACCAGAUUGAUGUUUUAGUGCUGUCAGAAUAAACACUUAAUGUACCAUGAAGCUUUAGUGUUUGUUGACUAUAUCUAGUCCCUAUGACCAACGAGUACAUGUCAUCAAAACCGCUGCAAGAAUCAUAAGACUUCUAGACAACGAAAGAUUUGACAUAGGACCAAGUAUUUGAUGUGAGGAAAAAUAUUUGCCACCGCUAACUGGAGAUACGAAUUGAAUUUUGAGUUGAGCAGAAAAGGGAACAUUCAGUGAAUUAGAGAGAAAAAAAUUGGUUCGACUCUUCUAUUCUCGAAAUUUAGUUUUCAAAUGUAGACUUUAAAUAUUAGAUAAAAGUAAAUUGCAAAGUGCAUUUCAUGGCAAAAUGGGUCUGAAAUUAAAAUAUUUAGAUUUUUUUUUUAAAAAUUGGCUCAAGUUUAUUCCGACAUGAAAACUAUUUGAGAUACUCUUCGAUUCUUUGCCUUUCCGAUGUUUCCAUAACGUAAUAGAGAAGUAUGGGUGAAUCUUGCAUUGAAGAAAUCAAUAAUUAACUUCCGUAUUGACACAGAUGAAAUAAUAUAUACAUGUGUUGUAAAUCAUUUUUUUUUCAUAAUUUUGUUUGAUGUUGUAAAUUUAUUGUCCUGAGAGUUCAGACAUUAUUUGAAGAUAAAUAUUUCUCAAAAACAUUUGAAGCUAGAAACUUAAACAUCCUUCCAUAAAUACCUCUUUUUUUUUUUUAAAUUUUGUUAUAUACGUAAACAUUUAACUGAUAGAUGGUAUUACCUCGAAAUAGCAGUUAUUAAGUAUUGCUAAAUGCCUUUCAUUUUUAUCCCAGUAACAACGGGUCACAUAUUCUAGUAAUACAUAUAAAAAUAUGUUCUCCAGUUCAGCUACUUUAUAUUAGGGCAGAUGAUAGACCUAAGUACUAAAUUACGCCCUAUGAUUUUGAGUGUAUUGACUUAGAAAUCAUGCACAAAUCUCCUUCAAAAUAAGCAGUUUACCUUAUUAGGCCCCGGUUUUCUUAAAGAAUCUGCUUAAAGCAAGCGUUUUGUAGCUCGUAAUAAAGUGUAGUAAAACGUGGAAAUCCAUUUUAUGGCCUUUUAAGACAUUUGGACUCUAAAUUUAAAUGUUAUUUUAUUUAACAUUUCUUUUUUUUUUUUUUUUGCCAUUUUUUUUUUUUUUUUUUUUGCCAUCCUAACUCUUGCAACCAGAGGGCUGUGGGAUGGACAUUCCCGGUAUAAAAAAAAAAUCGAUACAAAUUGUCUUGCUUCUUUCAUAGCCAUUCUGGGCCACUUUUUGUCCGCCGGCCGUGAAUGGACACCCCUAAUGUAAACAACACUAUAAACUGUUUGGCGUCUUUCAUAUCCAUAUUGGGCCUGUUUCCGUUUGCCGGCCGUGGGAUAGACGCCCCUGGAUAAACCACGUCAAUAGAGCUUGUUUGGAUGCUUUCAUGGUCAUUCUUGGACACUUUCCUUCCGCAAGCCAUGGGAUUGGACAGUCGUUGAAAUAAACAAUAUCCAUAUAGUUUGUUGGGCUUCUUUCAUAGACAUUCUGGUCCCACUUUCCGUCGGCAGGCCGUGAGAGCGACAGCACUGGUAUAAAUCACAUCAAUGACCAAAGUUAUAGCUACAAUGGAUUAUUGUUAUACUUCCACAAACGCCAAAAAAACCCACGCAAAAAGCCUUUAAAUUUAUAUUUUAACAGAGAUCAACUCAAACGUUUUCUCCCUGAUCGAAAUAAACCAAAAACUGCAACCUUAUGUCUAAACAAUUGAAAAGAUGAUAAUAAAAGAUUUUGUUUUAAAAUUCUUCUAUUAAAAUGUUGUUUUUUUUGUUUUUUUUAAGGGUAGAGUAAACAACAAUUAUUGUUACUAUAAUAUUAAAAUAUAUGUUUCUAAAUAUCAAUUACGUUUUUUUUUGUUUUCACAGCGUGGGUUGGAGCCAUUGAAAGUACAGAGAAGGGAAAACACACGUGGAUUUCCAACAAUGAAACCGUUAAGAGCUCGAUCAACUCUAAUGCUUUCAAUAGCUCUGAUAUGUAUAAACUUAGAUGUCUUUCGAUUAAAGAUAAUAAAAUAGAGGUCAAUC